UGGCCAGCGAUCGCAUUUGUCUGUGUCUCUGUUUUUGGUGUUUUGCGCUUGCGUUUGCUUUGUUCUUGUACUAGUUAGCUAGCUAGAUUUGUAUUGGGCGGCUCCGUGGAGGAGUUGACGAACUCGUACUCCCGACCGCAGCCCUGGGAGACGUCCCAGUGGUCUUUGAAGGCCACCCUGGCCCAUUUGUCCUCCGUAGCUUGGAAGAGAGUCAGUCCCUUUGGGGCUGCCCCGCUGACCGAGGGCUACGUGAUUUGUGUAGGAGACGAGAGAUCCGGACUCUCACGAACCCAGUCUCCAUUAGAACUUUCCCUUUCGGUUUUCAGCCGAAGCCGCGCUGCGAAAAUCUGUUUCAGUUUUGUCUCCACAGUUUUUGUCUUGUCUGUCCUAGGACUCUGUGUUUUUGAAGUAAUGGGUCAGUCUGUUACCACUCCUUUAAGUUUGACUUUACAGCACUGGUCAGAGGUUCGGAAGAUCGCCAGCAACCUCUCCCUCGAGAUCCACAAGCGACCUUGGAUCACUUUUUGUUCCUCAGAAUGGCCCACUUUCGGGGUAGGCUGGCCAAAAGAUGGGUCCUUUAAUGCUAAUCUUAUUUUACAGGUCAAGGCAAAGAUAAUGGUUCCCGGCCCGCACGGGCAUCCAGACCAGGUCCCCUACAUCCUUACCUGGGAAGCUUUGACUGCUGAACCCCCGCUAUGGGCUAAGCCCUUUGUUUUGUUUCCUCCAUCACACCCUCCUCCUACACCCUCUGCUCCCCCUUCCCAAUCCUCCCUUUACCCUGUUGUUACUAAACCUCCUCUGACACUAAAGGACCCUAAGGCAAAUGCCCCCCAGGUUCUACCCCCUGGAAACGACCUCCUCCUGGAUUUGCUGGCCGAAGACUCCCGGUUGCCUCAGCCCCCACCCUACCCUGCCGAGACCGGCCCUAGGGAAAGCGGGCAGCAGCCAGAUCCUUCCCCUAUCGCCACUAGAACAAGGGUAAGAAGGGAAGGUAAUCUACCCCCUGCAGACUCUACUGCCCAGGCAUUUCCCCUACGGACGGGGGCUGCCGGACAACUUCAGUAUUGGCCUUUCUCAGCCUCAGACUUGUAUAACUGGAAAAACAAUAACCCUCCUUUCUCAAAGGAUCCCGCUAUGUUAACUGCCUUAAUUGAGUCCAUACUUGUUACUCAUCAGCCCACCUGGGAUGAUUGCCAACAGUUGUUGCAGGUUCUUCUGACUACUGAAGAGAGGCAGAGAGUCCUCCUGGAAGCUCGGAAAAAUGUUCGCGGGGCAGAUGGGCGGCCGACACAGCUGCCUAAUGAGAUUAACGCUGCUUUUCCCUUAGAAAGACCAGAUUGGGAUUUCACCACUGUGGAAGGUAGGAACCACCUAAUCCUUUAUCGCCAGUUGCUUAUAGCGGGUCUCCAUGGGGCAGCUAGGCGCCCCACAAAUUUGGCUCAGGUAAAACAGGUUAUUCAGAGAUCUGAGGAAACUCCUUCUGCCUUCCUAGAGAGACUAAAAGAGGCUUAUCGAAUAUACACUCCCUAUGAUCCUGAAGAUCCAGGGCAGGCAACUAACGUUUCUAUGUCUUUCAUUUGGCAAUCUGCCCCGGAUAUUAGAAAGAAACUGGAAAGGUUGGAGAACUUAAGGGAAAGUUCCCUACAGGAUCUACUUAAGGAGGCGGAAAAGAUAUUUAAUAAGAGAGAGACAAGGGAGGAAAGAGAUGAAAGGCUAAAGAGAGAGGCGGAAGAACGUGAUCGAAAGAAGAGUAAGGACCUUAGUAGACUCAUGGCCACCUUAGUGACAGGACAGAGACAGGAUAGACAGGAGGGAGAGCGAAGAGGACCCCCCCGAGUGGAAAAAGACCAAUGUGCCUAUUGCAAAGAAAGAGGACACUGGGCAAAAGACUGCCCGAAGAACCCUCGGGGGUCUCGGCCUCGACCCAAAACAUCUCUCUUGACCCUGGACGAUUAGGGAGGUCGGGGUCAGGAGCCCCCCCCUGAACCCAGGAUAACUCUAGACGUAGGGGGGCAGCCGGUCACCUUCCUAGUUGAUACAGGAGCCCAACAUUCCGUCCUGAACCAUAACCCAGGACCCCUCAGUGACAAGUCGGCAUGGGUCCAGGGAGCCACCGGAGGACGGCGGUAUCGAUGGACUACUGAUCGAAAAGUCCAAUUGGCUACCGGUAAGGUGACUCAUUCUUUUCUACAUGUUCCUGACUGUCCAUACCCCCUAUUGGGGAGAGAUUUGCUCCAAAAAUUGAAAGCCCAAAUUCAUUUUGAGGAAUCUGGGGUACGUGUAGCCGGCCCCAAAAAUCAACCUUUACAUGUGUUAACUUUGAGUCUGGAAGAAGAAUACAGGCUAUAUGAAAAUAACAAAAGGAAGGAACUCUCCCUUGACCCAGAAUGGAUAAAUGAUUUCCCUCAAGCAUGGGCAGAAACAGGAGGCAUGGGAUUGGCCAGACGACAGGCUCCACUGGUUAUAGCUUUAAAAGCCAAUACCACACCUGUCUCAAUUAAGCAGUACCCAAUGUCGCAGGAAGCAAGAACAGGAAUUAAACCUCACAUAAAGAGGCUCCUGGAUCAGGGGAUCUUAAAACCUUGCCAGUCCCCAUGGAACACCCCCUUACUCCCCGUCAAAAAGCCAGGGACAGGAGACUACAGACCGGUCCAAGACUUACGAGAAGUUAACAAGCGGGUAGAAGAUAUACAUCCCACAGUGCCCAACCCAUACAACUUGUUAAGCGGACUGUCACCAGCCUAUUGUUGGUAUACAGUUUUGGACUUGAAGGAUGCCUUCUUUUGCCUAAGGCUCCACCCAGAUAGCCAGCCUAUUUUUGCCUUUGAAUGGAAGGAUCCUGAAUUGGGAAUUUCAGGGCAAUUGACUUGGACUAGACUCCCCCAGGGGUUUAAGAAUAGCCCUACCCUAUUCGAUGAGGCUUUACAUCGAGACCUGGCAGAUUUUCGGGUCCAGCAUCCAGCCUUGAUGCUACUCCAGUAUGUCGAUGAUUUGUUGCUGGCCGCGACAUCCGAACAGGAAUGUAGGGAAGGAACCAGAGACUUGCUACAGGCCCUUGAGACCCUAGGGUAUCGAGCCUCCGCUAAAAAGGCCCAAAUUUGCCAACAACAGGUGACCUACCUGGGCUAUUUAAUCAAAAAGGGAGAAAGGUGGCUGACGGACGCAAGAAAAGAGACAGUCAUGAACAUACCCGAGCCCCAGAACCCCCGACAGCUAAGGGAAUUUUUGGGAACAGCCGGGUUUUGCAGACUGUGGAUACCAGGCUUUGCCGAAAUGGCCAGCCCCCUGUACCCACUCACCAAACAGGGUACAAUGUUUGCCUGGGGAGAAGAACAACAGAAGGCUUUCCAAAACAUUAAAAAGGCUCUCUUAACAGCUCCAGCCCUAGGACUCCCAGACUUGACUAAGCCCUUCGAUUUGUAUGUAGCAGAAAAUAAAGGACAUGCGAAGGGAGUAUUAACUCAAAGAUUGGGGCCUUGGAGACGGCCGGUGGCCUACCUCUCCAAGAAAUUGGACCCGGUAGCCACAGGGUGGCCACCCUGUCUCAGGAUGGUGGCCGCCAUUGCCGUCUUGGUUAAAGACGCCAGCAAGUUAACUUUUGGGCAAUCCCUGACUAUUCUGGCCCCGCACGCGGUAGAGGCAUUAAUCAGGCAGCCGCCAGAUCGUUGGCUGUCCAAUGCCCGCAUGACUCAUUACCAAACUAUGCUCCUGGACACAGAUCGGGUCCGGUUUGGGCCCGUCACGGCCAUCAAUCCUGCCACGUUGCUUCCAUCGACGGAUGAGAAAGCGGCUCCCCACGAUUGUCUUGAGAUUUUAGCAGAAGUGCACGGGACCCGCUCCGACCUGACUGACCAACCACUCCAGGAUGCUGACUUUACCUGGUAUACUGAUGGGAGCAGCCUGGUGCUGAAUGGGGAACGGAAGGCGGGAGCAGCCAUAACCACGGAAACUGAGGUAAUCUGGGCAAGGACCCUCCCACCAGGGACUUCAGCACAGAGGGCAGAGCUGAUCGCCCUCACCCAGGCACUUAAAAUGGCAUGUGGAAAAAGACUCAAUGUAUACACAGAUAGCCGAUAUGCCUUUGCCACUGCCCAUAUUCACGGGGAGAUAUACAGUCGACGAGGGCUAUUGACUUCUGAAGGAAAGGAAGUUAAGAACAAAAAGGAAAUUUUGGCCCUGUUGCACGCAUUAUUCUUACCCCGUAAGCUCAGCAUCAUGCACUGCCCGGGACACCAAAAGGGAGACAGUCCUAUUGCCCGGGGCAACAGGAUGGCUGACGAGACAGCUCGAAGGGCAGCUGUGAUCUCGGUCCCUCCAUACCCAGUCUCCAACAAAGAGACGCGGGCGCAGUGGCUCGAAUGGCAGAGUGCUAGCAUUGAACCCGAAGGCCAGACAAAACCUAUAGCAAUGUGCCUUCAGUCUAAUGCAGGCCAGAAAGGAGCAGACUUAGGACCAUUUGAAUACCCUAAAAAAGAUGAAGAGCUCCUAACAAACCUAGGGGCCCAAAAAGACGACAAAAGAAAAAUAUGGAUCCUUGACAAUAAGACUGUAUUACCCAGGAAUUUCGCCCAGCAAGUGAUUGAACAAGUACACCAGCUAACACACUUAAGCCCCAGAAAGAUAAAAGCCCUCCUUGAUCGAGACGAAAGAUUUGUUUAUUUUUUGGGCAAGGAAGACAUCUUGCAAAGAAUAUAUGACAGGUGCCGUGCAUGUGCCAUGGUAAAUGCUGGGAAGAUAAAAUCGGGAUUAGGAAAUGUCCGAAUGAGAGGGCAUCGCCCUGGAGUCCAUUGGGAAGUUGACUUUACUGAAAUCAAACCUGGGCUUUACGGAUAUCAGUAUUUGCUGGUGUUUGUCGAUACUUUUUCCGGUUGGGUGGAAGCCUUCCCCACAAAGCAAGAAACUGCCAAAGUAGUCAGCAAGAAACUACUGGAAGAAAUUUUUCCCAGGUAUGGCAUGCCUAAAUUUCUGGGGUCGGACAAUGGGCCAGCCUUCGUCUCCCAGGUAAACCAGCAGGUGGCCAUGUUACUGGGGAUUAAUUGGAAAUUGCAUUGUUCGUAUAGACCCCAGAGUUCAGGGCAGGUAGAAAGAAUGAAUAGAACUAUUAAGGAGACUUUGACUAAAUUAACGCUCGCAGCUGGCUCAAAGGACUGGGUACUCCUACUCCCUCUUGCCCUUUACCGGGCUCGAAAUACCCCUGGACCCCACGGACUUACCCCCUUUGAGAUUCUCUACGGAGCACCCCCUCCCUGUGUUAGUUUUUAUAGUUCUGAUAUCUCCACUUUUGCUAACAGCCAAAAUCUUCAAGCCCACUUGCAGGCCCUACAGACCGUUCAGAGAGAGGUCUGGAAGCCACUCGCUGCCGCCUACAAGGAACAGCUGGAUAGACCUGUGGUGCCACAUCAGUUCCAGAUCGGAGACUCUGUGUGGGUCCGGCGACAUCAGACCAAAACCUUGGAACCUCGCUGGAAAGGCCCCUACACUGUGCUCUUGACCACUCCAACUGCCUUAAAGGUAGACGGCAUAGCAGCUUGGAUUCACGCGUCACACGCCAAACCUGCUUCUGCUGAAGAAACGACCCAGGAAUGGCGAGUCCAGCGCACUCAAAACCCACUCAAGAUAAGACUCUCUCGAACCUUAUAAUACUCAUUGUCUUUUUCCUAUGUUAAAUUACUAACUUGGCAGAUCUUAUCAGGGAACGCGGAGGUGGUUUGGGAAACUUCCCAACAGCACGCCCCUUUUACCUGGUGGCCAGAGCUAAAACCCGACUUCUGUCAGCUUGCAGUUGGAACUGACCCUGCAUGGGGAGUUGGUGAUGUAGAGCUAAGAGACCUAAACCGAUCCGAACAUCCUGGAAUAAUUGACGCCUCAGGAUGUCGCACUCCCUAUGCCAGGUGUAGAUGGGCUCACAAUGACUUCUACGUGUGCCCCCGAGACGGGAGAGAGAGGCUCCAUGCUAGCCGGUGCGGGGGGCCAGGGGACUUUUAUUGUAAGGCUUGGGGCUGUGAGACCACGGGAAGUGCCUAUUGGUUAAAGUCCCCAUCAACCGACCUUAUAACGGUCCAGAGAGGGUUUCAAAAGCUGGAGGGAAAACCAACUACAGAUUGCCUAACCAAGAAAAACCUAUUUAAACCCGGCCUAUCAUUACCCCUCAGGAUAACUUUUACAGAAAAAGGGCAACAAUUUGUAGGUUGGCCUCAGGGUAGAACAUGGGGAUUGAGGCUAUAUAUAUCAGGCCACGAUCCCGGGGUAAUUUUUCAAAUUCGUCUCAAGAUACAAAAUGUGCAUACUGCCUCCGUAGGCCCAAACCACUUUUUGCGAGCCCCUGCUGUUCGCCCCCCACCUCCUUUGCGAAUCCCUGCUGUUCGCCCCCCACCUCCUUCUGUAAGUACUUACGCCAUUAGUAGCACUUCUGCAAUGGCCUUGGUUCGUGGAACCGAAGCUCCUAUGUCCUCUCUUGAGACAACUGACCGGGUGGUGUCCCUGGUAGGUGGUGUUUUCUCCCUACUAAAUACUAGCAACCCAGAUUUAACCCAGGAAUGUUGGCUUUGUUUAAAACCUCAACCCCCCUACUAUGAGGGAGUGGCAGUACUUGGCAACUUUAGUAACCCAACUUCACCUCCACCACAGUGCAGUAGCACCCCCCGGCAUAAACUUACCAUGACUGAAAUAAGCGGAACUGGGCAUUGUGUUGGGGAAAUUCCACCGCAUUAUUCUAACCUCUGUGGCCGCACCACCUCUCUGAAAUCUACAAAUGGCUACCUGGUACCUCCCACCGGGACCUAUUGGGCCUGCAGUACUGGGCUAACCUCCUGCCUGUCCGUUAAAACCCUCAACUUAACUAAAGAUUUUUGUAUUCUAAUUGAACUUUGGCCACGGGUUACGUAUCACACUCCAGAAUAUCUUUACAGCCAUCUUGAAGGGCAAGUUAGGACAAAGAGAGAACCGGUAUCCAUUACCAUGGCGAUUUUGUUAGGAGGACUCACAGUAGGAGGAGUAGCGGCAGGGAUAGGCACAGGGGCAACUGCCCUAACAGCUACUUUCCAGUUCAAACAACUACAGGAAGCCAUGAACACCGAUAUCAAGGCUCUAGAGGAAUCUGUGAGCGCUCUGGAAAAAUCCUUAACAUCCCUGUCUGAGGUGGUGUUGCAAAAUCGAAGAGGGUUAGAUAUACUGUUCUUAAAGGAGGGAGGCUUGUGCGCGGCCCUUAAAGAAGAGUGCUGUUUUUAUGCAGACCACACAGGAUUAGUGAGAGAUAGUAUGGCAAAGCUUAGAGAAAGACUAAAGCAAAGACAGCAGCUCUUUGAAUCAGGCCAAGGUUGGUUUGAAGGAUGGUUCAAUAAGUCGCCUUGGUUUACUACCCUGCUCUCUACCCUGAUGGGACCUCUCAUAAUUAUUUUGCUUAUAUUGCUCUUUGGCCCUUGCAUCCUUAACAGGCUUGUACAAUUCAUAAAAGAUAGAACGUCUAUCACCCACGCCUUGGUUCUCACUCAGCAAUACCAUCAAUUAAGGCAACAAGAAGAGGAAUAA